AUGCCUAAGCACAAGCAGCAGUUUUGGAUCGAGGUACCCCCUCUCCCGGCUUGGGCUGCGCGGGCCAAACCGAUCUCCUCGCCCUCAUGGCAUGUUGAGGGCGAGACGGCCGAUGAUUUCGCCUUCUCGGAUGAGGACUAUUUCUCGCAAGAAGCCCGGCAGAUACUAACUGUCCGCCAGGCGUUCUUCAAGGGCAGCCCAUUCGCCAAGAGCCGAGAACGCAAAUACUUCAAGACGAUCACCACCUGUCUCGCGCUCACGCCCGACCUCUUCAGCGCAACUGAAUAUGACGCUUUCGGCGGGCCAGACGUGCAUGCGGCAUACGCUUACACUUCCAACCCGCGCACACGCAACUCUCUGCGUGCGUGGGCGUGCGUUGAGGUCGGGUGGGCUUCUGAGCUUGUAAGGUGUUGCAUGGCCCUCAAGAGCUAA